AUGCAUCACAUAGAUUACAAUCUACAUCAUUAUUCAAAUGAUUCCUAAUAUUUUUUUCUUUUAUUGGUUUCGGAUAUAUAUAUAUGUACAAUUGAAAUCGUGCUAACAAAUGACGUAAACACUUGUUGUCUCGGCCAAUGGCAAGGCUCGAUUACGUCGCGCAAAACCACCCCCUAGAAUAUCUCGCAGAAGAGAUUCUUUAGGACUAUUGGAUCUGAUACUAAUAAAUGUCAGUUGUACGUUGCACUUAUUUUGUGAAAGCUUAGCUUAUAACGAAAUUUAACUAGUCAAAAAAUGGCUAGAAAUCCGGAUUUUGCUUCUUAUUGUAAUAAUCUGUUACACGACCAUAAUGAUUUAAUGAAUUUUGAUAACUUGAGUCAUGAUAGCCCUAUGGAACAACUUGUUUAUUAUGAUUUACAGCCUGUAUCUGAAGCUAUUAAGGAAAGUUCGUAUAACAUGCAAAAUAGUUCCCGAAUGGCUUCGUCUACAGCAAACUUAAGUACGGAUUUGAGUGGAGAUGAACAUUGCAAAAAUAAAAGCAAAGGAUCGGCACAUGGUAGCGAUUUUGACGACGACAACAAUGAUGAUUCAAGGUCUGUUCGAAAUGACAAUAACAAAAAACAUAAUCACAGCGAAAUCGAGAAACGUAGAAGAGAUAAGAUGAACUCGUAUAUUACCGAGCUAGCUAGUAUGAUACCAAUGUGUCAUACUAUGUCACGAAAGUUAGAUAAGUUAUCUGUCCUCAGGAUGGCUGUACAACAUAUGAAGACAAUUCGAAGCACUGUUAAUUCAUAUACUGAAGGUCAUUAUAAGCCUUCAUUUUUAUCUGAUCAAGAUUUGAAAAAAAUAAUCACACAAGCUGCUGAAGGUUUUGUUUUCGCUGUAAGUUGUGAUCAUGGAAAGAUACUAUAUAUAUCUAAAUCAGUGACUCAGGUUCUAAAUUAUAUACCAGAAGACUUGGUUGGAAAUAAUGUUUUUGAUUAUAUUCAUCCGAAAGAUGUAGCUAAAGUAAAGGAACAACUUUUCUGUUCAGACUUUGGCCCUAAAGAUAAAUAUAUCAAUGCAAAUACAAUGUUACCGGUGCGUGCUGAAAUGAUGAAUACUUUGUCAAAAAUGUGUAGUGGAUCUAGGAGAUCAUUCUUUUGUCGAAUGAAGUGUAAAGCGUAUGAUAUAAAGGAAGAAGCAGACACGACUACUGGAUCAAAGUACACUCAAUCAGAUAGAAGAUAUAAUGUAAUUCAGUGUACCGGUUAUUUAAAACCCUGGACGCAGAUAAACAAAUGUGAGGAUGUAUCUGGUAAGAGUUUGGGAUUAGAAGAAGAUAAUGAUGGUAAUGGCGUUCGAGUGGAUUCUGGAACUGCGAACAAUACGUCGUGUUUGGUAGCCGUUGGUAGAAUUAUUAAUAAUUUGGCUUCAUCUUCACUUUUAUCGGACAUUGUAAAACCGCCAUGUUUCACUUCAAAACACACAAUUGAUGGAAAAUUUCUGUCCGUGGAUCAAAGCACUCAUUUCCGUUACAGGGUUACAUAUAUAGUUGGAUUUUUACCUCAAGAAUUAUUAGGUACUAGCAUGUAUGAAUACUUUCAUCAAGAUGAUAUUGCUAGACUUGUAGAUAUCCACAAAGCAACACUACAAGAGUGUACGCCAAAAGACACAGAAACUUAUAAAUUUCGAGCUAAAGAUAAAACAUUUGUAAACUUAAGAAGUGAAUGGAAAAGUUUUCGAAAUCCUUGGACUAAAGAUAUCGAAUUUAUUGUUGCAAAUAAUAUUUUAACUAGGUCAGAUUACAAAGCUGAUAGCAGCAACAAAUCAGAAUGUUCUUCACAGGGUCAAUCGCAAAACUAUUAUGAUAGUUAUACAGAGCCACAAUUGUCUAAAAGUCAACAGCAGUUGGGUAAUAGAGAAAUACAAAAUUUGAUUACUUCACAUAUAGAAGCAAACAAAAUCGGUAGGCAUAUUGUUGAUACUGCUUUGGAUGCAAAUAAGACAGUAUGUGAUAUCGAUAGUUCUCCUUCGCAUACUCAACAGGAAACAAUAGAAGAAGUAGAGUCCAAGAAUGACCGUGUACAGUUUAUGAAUUCACCCUUGACGAUGCUCAACGAACCUGGCACGUUGUCGAGUAAUGGUGGCGACGGUAGCAGUGGAGAUACAGUUUCGUCGUAUACUGUGAUCCAGGAAAGCGUGAACCUGUUGAACUCUACUAAUACCAAUAGUGAUUCAGGGAAUAUGCUCGGUGAAAUAAUGACACCGUCUCCACAACAGUUGUCUAAUUUGGGGACUAAUGACGAAGCCGCUAUGGCUGUCAUUAUGAGCUUUUUGGAAGCUGACGCCGGACUCGGUGGACCUGUUGAUUUUUCCGGGUUACCGUGGCCUCUGCCGUAAUACGUAUAACAAUGAUUCAAUCAGUUAUAUCCAAUUUUCGUGCAGCUAAAUGUAGUAUUAUUUUUCAUAUUAUUUAAUAUUAGUCAUGUUAAUUAUUUAAAUUAUAUAAAAUUCAAUUUUUAAAAAAUUAACUUAAGAGAUUUAUAUUAAUUUAACUAAUAUUGUCUAUUACAUUAAUACCUUCGUUAACUUUUUGUAAUUAAUACAUAGAGCAGUUAGUAAAAAAUAUGGAGUAAAAAUUAUAAAAACAAGAAAACACUUAUCCAU